GGUCCUUGAAGGGCUAAAGUGGGGCCAGCGGCCAAUGCAUGGCGGUCAGACCACGGGAUACAGAAUAUCACGGGAGACUUUCCCUCCUCACCCGCUUUCUUGGCGUAACUCCUCGCCGGUGCCCACCGGGGGCGAGACAGGCCCACCGCAGCCCUCCACAGCGCUCUGCAGGCAGCCAUCACACCACACGUGCGGGCACUUCCGGGUCACGCUGCCACGCACGGCGCACGGCACGCCGGGACAUGUAGUUCAAUCUGCCACCGUGGCGCCUCCCUUCCAGCCCUCUCAGACACUUUGACAAGUUGGCUGCUGGGGUAUUUAGGUGGGAGCCAGUCACUCUAUACAAGUGGGCCUUUAAACAGAAAUUACUAAUAACCCACCCCUCUCUGCCCCCCCCUUUAUACACCCACCCCCCUUUAUUCUUGUUAUUGCUACUGAAAAGUACCAGCACCCCCCUUAUAUUCCCUCUCCCCCCCUCCCCAAUUCGACAACAUGGCUGAGCAGCUGCUGGGACUGUGUGAGUACCUGGGAGGGAAGGGGUGCAGCCUGGGCAUGAGGCAUUCAUGGGGAGGGAAGGGUUAAAAUGGCAGGGGUAUUGUCUUGAUACUCUUAUUUUAUAUAUCUGAUACUUUGUAUAUUUUUAUAUAUAUAUAUAUAUACACACACACACACACACUGUUUAAGACCAGUCCAUGCCAUGCACUCCUACCAGAGUUUUUACUAAUAGACGAAUAAGCAUCAUGGUAGUUAUAGUCCAUAAUAGGGAAAGGGUAGUAUAUUUCUAGUUGUAGGUGGGGUAAUUAAAUAGGAACGUGUUUAUAGGAUGUGUAGUAAAUUAGAAUUGUGUCAUGGAUAUUAUGAAUAUACGAUAUUAUGAAUAUAACAAUAAUCCCCGGCUUUUUUUUUUUCUCUCUCUAGGGUAAAUGUUUCUCUGUUUGGAUCACCAUCAUUGUGGAUAACGGAAUGGAAUUCCAGGUGCCAGUGCUUAGCCCUGCUUCUGGUUCUAUAAGGAUGCCCACUGACCACCCACAGGUUGACAUGGAAAAUUCGGACAGAUUACUUUCAGAGCCACCCCAGGCUUGUGCUAAUGCCUGCCAGAAUUUAUGUCAUGGUCCGGUGGAAUCGGCCUUUGGUGACACUUUGGGUAGGGCACCACCUCGUGUUGACAGUUGCCCUGAUAUGGACACAAGGCCUCCGCUCACCCCAGAUUUAAUUUGUAUGGAUUUAGAUACGCAGCUGGAGGAUGCUGGGCACGGGUACACCUUUCAUAUGCAGGAGCUACUAAGUGAGCUGCCCAUGUUGGACCACCAAAAAGAACAAGCAGAGCUUGGCUUGCCAAAUGCCAGUCAUUGUAAAGAGACACUCCAUGGGGAUGCAGAACCCAAGGAUAGCCACACUGAGUGUGCACCGUGCCCAUUACACAUAGUCACAGGAAAAGGCCUAGCACAAGGUGUUCCCCAUUUAUCUGAAUCAAGCACUAUGUCUUCCAGUAGUCUGGGUCUUUUUCGGACAGAAUCUGCCUCUGGGGAACUGAUGAGCCUCUUUCAGUGUGAAGACGGAUCCUUGGCACAAGGAGAAAUGGGCAUACCUCUAGCCAGACUUGAAUCUGUGCCAAGGAAUCAGCCGCCUAGCCUUCAUUCUUUGCAAGAUCAAGCACGUGAUUGUUUAGGGUGGAAUGAAGAAGAAACCUCCUCUUCAUCCGAGCUUAGUAGAGAGGAUUCAUCUUGUAGCCUAGCAGAGUUGACUGAACCAGCUUGGACAGAGUACCGGAAACCACCACCUUCUCUACAGGAAAGUGAGGAAGAUCAGAAUAUAGAGGUACGUAAACUCAAGAUUUCUGUAUUGUUUUUUUUUAAAUUAUAAAGGGAUGUAUGUUCCAUGCUGGACUUCGUGAGGCAUUAUGUAGAUAAUGACUAAAAAUACUAGGCAAAACAAGAAAUCCCUACAUUUGCUGCAAAUCCAUAGUCUUUGCAUCGUAUGAAGUGAGCCCUUUCCAGAUCAGGAAAUGGUGCAGCCAGUACGAAUUUGGCUCAUCCUAUCAGGAUGCGGCCAUUAUUUACAGUGGGACCUAAACAUAAGACAUGUCAGCGUUUGACAACAAUGUAAUUAUUUAGAUUUCAGGAACAAAACCGCUGAACCAUGACCGCGGUGGUUAGGUAGCUGUGACACCUUCAUUCACAGUGUCUGGAAAAAGCAGUGCUUAUGGUCUUUUAUAGUAUGUUGUAAAAGAGACUGUCAAGGAGGUGCGAACUUGUGUAUAUUGUACAGACCAUAUAAAUAUAUAAUUGAAUCGAGUUGUCUUAUUGCUGCAGUUAUUUUCAAAAGCAGUCAUGUGCAGGAGACAUAGAUUGGGAUCCUCCUUCCACCAUAACCUAUGACAAAAAAAGCAAAGGUUGUUAUGGUGCUUCUUUAAUAGCAAGUUAGAGGCAAAAAAAGAAAGCCUCUAAUCUCCACUUUUCUCAUAAAAAAUGCACAACCUUUGGGGUGAGUGGUUUCCUCCUGCACCAGACAGCUUUUUGUGAGGAGAGUUGUGGAUAUUCAUGACUACUGAAUUCACUAUUAAUUGAAUUCUAUGUGCUUGUAAUUUUUUUAAAAUUUAUUUUUUAUAAAUCUUUCUGCUUAUAAAAUAGAAAACUACAGGUCAGGCUUAUAUGUUAGUUUUUUUUUUUUUCUCAGUGUAAUUCAAUCUUUGUUAAUAUACGUUUGCAUACAAUUACAUUUCAUUAAAUGGAAAUUGUAGGUAAUGCAGGGCUUGACAAAUUUCUUUAGAAUCUAAGAGCCAGCCAAAAAAGUUUGGAGCCACUCAUUUUCAAAGAGAAAAUGCAAUUCUUAAAGGGACACUAUAGUCACCAUAACCACUACAGCUUGAUGUAGUUGUUCUGGUGUCUAUAGCCUGUUCCUGCGGGCGUUUCAGAGAAAAGGCAGAGUUUACAUUGCUGCUUAGUAACCCGUCUAGUGACAGUCACUCAGACGGCCACUACAUAGUUCUGGGUCACUGCUGUAUCAUGUGCAGCACCCAGGUUCAGUGUCUCCAAGGUGUGCAUGGAGCCGCUGAAUGUGCCUCAUAGAGAUUCAUUAAUUUAAUGCAACUCUAUGAGGAGAUGCGGAUUGGUACAUUUGCUACGCAUGCAUACAAUCCUUUCAAUGCUUUCCUAAGGGAAAGCAUUGGCUUAGCUGAGAUCAUAAAGAUUGAUAAUCUCAGCCAUGGCGAAACUGGCACGACGUUGUAAAAUAAGAAAAAGGUGAGCAAAAACGCCUUCCUCAUGCGAUCGGAGGGGGCAGGUACCUAAACGCGCACGCAAACUCUGAUAGGCUCUCAUAUAUGCACUCUGACAGGCUCACAUACACACUCACGUUGACAACAGGCUUGCACACACAAACAUUUGACAGGCUCACACGCACAAACUCUGACAGGCGCUCUCGCUCACACACACAAAAACACACACUCUGACAGGCUGCACACACACACACACACUUACAUUUUUGUUUUAAUUGAAACCCACUCAGCCUCCCUACCUUUGGGAGAGCUGAGUGGGUCUUUCCUGGGGUCCAGUGGGGUUGCUCCCUUUCUGUGUGCAAAGGAGCAGUACUCUGCCUGUAGCUCCUCUUUGCUCCCUUGUGCUCUGUAAUGAUGCCGGGGCCGUAAUGACAUCAUAUUCCGGCAUCAUUAGACAGCGUGAGGAUGCCUCCAGGCAAUCAGAGGGAUGGCAGACAGCUUUAACUGUGAGUACCCGCUCUUUUGUCAUAUAUAAAGCUGAAAAUUGUUUUUUAUAACUAUGUCCUGAUGAAAGCUAUGUACAAGAGCUGAAACGUUGACCGUUUGGAACAGUAAGAACAAAGAACUUUUUUUUUUUUUUUAUUACCAAAUCCUGGAGUGCCAGUACUUCUUUCAAAAUGUAUACUUUGUGACCAAAGCACCAGGUAUUUAUUUUGUUAAAGUUGGAGUGCAGGAGCUUUAGAUUUAUAGAGGUAGAUAUAGAGAUUUGGGUCUGUAUGGACAGUUUCAUAGGAUGUGGGUUUGAGAGCCGCAUAGAUACAAUGUAUGUAGCAUUACUAGUAUGUUGCAGAGUUCUCAUCCUCUUAUUGUUCUUUAACAUUUUGUUAUUGUGUAAUUUAUUGUUACAUGUUUUACAAGUUGGCUCUAUAUAAAUGCCUAUUAUAAUAAUAGUAAUGUGGUCUUUAAAAAAAAAAAAAAAAAUGGUCAAAAUUUGAUGUAGCUAGCUGAGUGACAGGAGAAGGAGGUGGCCUUACACACAGAAUAAAAUGUGAUACAAAUGGCAAUGUUUCUAGCCAGUAAUGAACAGUCAUUUUUUGCCAAUAUCCAACACUGCUUCCUCCCCUCGUCUGUCAAUCAAUUCUUUGAAUAGAGGGCAAAGCAGAUGGCAGCCUUCUAACUGAAAUUGAGUGACAGGGUAGAGCAAGAAAACCAUCCUACGGUCUGGUGUCCAUCACAGCAAGUGCAGUGCAUGCUCUGUAGUUGCAGCGAUAAUCUUCUGUAGGAACAAAAUGACUCUGGUCUGAUGCAGAUUCACUCCCAAUGAAGCCACUGUAUCAGUGUACCUAAGGCAGAGAUAGGCUACCUUCGACACUCAAGGUGUUGUGGACUACAUUUCACAUGAUGCUUUGCCAGCAUUAUGGCUGUAAGGGCAUUAUGGAAGAUUUAGUCCACAACAUCUGGAGUGCUGAAGAUUGCCUACCCCAUACCUAAGGCGUUGUGCUUCCAAGCAGGAUCAGUCACUUGACACGGGAGUGAGAUACAGGCAGGAGGUAGUGGUAUGUGUUAUUUGAGAGCCAUAUUCAAAUUUGGAAUCAUUCAUUGGUUGAGCAUGACAUUCUCAUUCAAUGAAAUAAGACGCAAUAGGGGAAAAAUUAUAUUGUUACGACGGAAUGGGAACUUUCAAUAUAUUGCAGAAGUCUGGAAGACUUAUUGGUGCCUGAGAAAACCAGAUAAGUCAUACUGUUCAUAAAUUAUUUGACUGCUUACCAUGGGAUACGACAAGAGAAUCAUGGCAUGAUAACUACUACAGUGCUUUCAAUGAUUCUUGGUAAGAUUAUUUUCAUACUGCACAAACAAUAUAAGUGAUAACUUGUAUAUAGUGGUGGAGCGCUUAAAUAGUGCAAACAAAUUUUAGUCUGCUUACCCUUAUAUUAGGGUGCAUCCAAAUUUGGUAACAAAUAUGUAAGAGAAAAAACAAAUCUAGUGUAGGUUAUAACAGUAGGAUAUGUGCAAAUAGAUGGUAACUAGAUCCACUCACAUGGGCUGUAGCUUUAAUCUAUUAACUCAGUAAUUAGCGGCUCUAUGCUCUUUAGGGCAGCAACACAACUCUCUUCUGGUACAGAUGAACCUCCAAAUAGAAAGCCAAGAGUGUAGUAUUUUAAAAACCAAGUAUUGAGCUCCCCUUAUUCAGAGCUGUAAAUUCCUGGCUCUAAGGUAAAUUAGCUUGUGGGGUUGGCACUUAACUCCUUGAUGAAGUUCCUGGAACUCCACAGGACAUUGAGAAGUGUUAUGUAUACGGUUUAUUGGUCAAAUAUAAAACUGUAACAAAACAAACAUACUAUAUAAAAUGUAUAAGUUGAAAUAAAAUCCAGUGUUGCACUUGCUAGAGAAUGUCCUUCAGUUGCCAUAACGCGUUUCACUCCUGAAAUGAGCUUCCUCGGUCAGCUGUCUGACUGAAUAAGGUGAGCUCAAUACUGAUAUAAUCUACACUCUAUUUGUGUUUUUUUUCCCCUCUUAAAUAUUUGUUGCCUAAUUUAGAUGCACUCUAAUAUAAAGUGAAUACAAAAAAAAAGAAAAGUCCUGCGCUCACUCCCAUCACUCCUGGGCGGCAGCAACGACCACAGUACACAUCAGCUCCAACACAUAUAGUAAAAACCAAAGAAAAAAGUUACCUGCGCUCUCUCCUGAAUCCCUAUGCAUAGUUAAACAAAUGAAGGUCAUUUAGUUACUCAAAUGGCCACUGGAGGGAAUGCCCGCCUGCCAACGUCCAGGCAGACCCCCCUAGAUCGGUCCUACACUGACCCUUCACCUUGCUUCCUUGAGCCUCUGGCAAAGAUAUCUCCAAUGAGACAGAAAGGGGUAUUUUUUUAUAUACACCCCUAUAUACUUAUUAACCAUUAAUAGGGAACACAUGGGAUGGGUGGCACCAUUGUUACCAAGCUGUGUGCUACAAAAAGUGAAUACAAAAAGAAAAGUCAUGUGCUCACUCCCAUCACUCCUGGGCGGCAGCAACAACCACAGUACACAUCAGCUCCAACACAUAUAGUAAAAACCAAAGAAAAAAGUUACCUGCGCUCUCUCCUUAACCCCUUAAAGGGACACUAUAGUCACCUGAACAACUUUAGCUUAAUGAAGCAGUUUUGGUGUAUAGAACAUGCCCCUGCAGCCUCACUGCUCACUCCUCUGCCAUUUAGGAGUUAAAUCCCUUUGUUUAUGAACCCUAGUCAAACCUCCCUGCAUGUGACUUGCACAGCCUUCCAUAAACACUUCCUGUAAAGAGAGCCCUAUUUAGGCUUUCUUUAUUGCAAGUUCUGUUUAAUUAAGAUUUUCUUAUCCCCUGCUAUGUUAAUAGCUUGCUAGACCCUGCAAGAGCCUCCUGGAUGUGAUUAAAGUUCAAUUUAGAAAUUGAGAUACAAUUAUUUAAGGUAAAUUACAUCUGUUUGAAAGUGAAACCAGUUGUGUUUUUUUUUUUUUUUUUUCGUGCAGGCUCUGUCAAUCAUAGCCAGAGGAGGUGUGGCUAGGGCUGCAUAAACAGAAACAAAGUGAUUUAACUCCUUAAUGACAGUGAAUUGAGCAGUGAAAUUGCAGGGGAAUGAUCUAUACACUAAAACUGCUUUUAUUUAGCUAAAGUAAUUUAGGUGACUAUAGUGUUCCUUUUAAGGACACAUGACAUGUGUGACAUGUCAUGAUUCCCUUUUAUUCCAAAAAUGUGGUCCUUAAGGGGUUAAUCCCUAUGUAUAUUUAAACAAAUGGGGGUCUGCCUUGACGUUGGCAGGUGGGCAUUCCUUCCAAUGGCCAUUGGAGCAACUAAAUGACCUCCAUUUGUUUAAAUAUACAUAGGGAUUAACGAGAGAGCGCAGGUAACUUUUUUCCUUUGGUUUUUACUCUAAUAUAAAGGUAAGCAAACUAUUUAAAGUUUUUUUUAUUUUUAAUUCUUUAAACACUCCACCACUAUAUAUAAGUUUAUCACUUAAUAUUGUUUUGUAAUAUAUAUAUGGUGUGUGGAAAAGAGGGUAUGCCCACACGUUUGUUUUAGACCUACUAAAAGCUCUCGAUACUGAGCACAUUUUCUCCUAUUGGAGAUUAAUCACAAUACGUCUUUUCAUGUUUUGUGCAUUGUUUGUUUCAGUAUUUUCACUGUUGUCUUUCUUUCGCAGACACAGGAAUUGUCCUCGGAUUACUCCACUCCAGCAAAAGGUAGGAUACUGUGUACUAAUAGCAUGCACGAAUAUGUAAUAUUUUGUUCAUUGUGUAUCUAUUACCUGGGUUUGUUUCCUUAACUGCAUACAUUACAUCAAAUUAAAUGUUGUGUUAGCAGCACUUUCAGGAUUACUAGGUAGGACAGCAUAACUUUAUUGUAUUCAUUUUGUCUUGUGGUUAGGAACUUUUGGCCAUGGACAUUGAUGUUAAUACUGUCCUGCCAUACCACGGAUCAACUAUCACGGUUUCAGAAUGGAGAAAUUCUGCAGAGUUGAAUAUUUCGUCCAAGAUGUACUUUUUUUUAAUUAAUCCCAUCCUAGCACAGAUGAAGGAUAUUGCUGCGCUGCAAGCAUGCCAUUAUAUAAACAAAUACUGGGUUUGGCAGCACCCCACUUCCCCCUCUCUUCUAUUAUUUUUAUCAUUCACUUAAUUAAGCAUCUUGUUUCACUUGGUGUCGGCUGAUGGUGGCCCGAUGAGAAGGCACUUUCUUUCCGUGACUUGGUGUCUUUCAGCUAAGCAUAUCACACCUUGUUUACGUCUUGUUGAUCUUGUGAAGGAUGCUUAGGUGAUUCAAAAUCAUGGUUUUAGACAGGUACCAAACUCAUCUUCUAGAUUGUCUGCUCACUCUCUUUUAUUAGACCCUAUUGACUUGACACUGAUAGUGUCUAUAAAUAAAAUAUUUUGUUAAAAUGUAUGUCAACCACUAGAUGUGUUCCUGUAUGCACAUCAAAAGACUACCUGGUUUGCUUUAUUCAGUAAAUUGUUUACCGACUGCAAACGUUUUGUAAGUUUAGGCCAAAUAUAAAAUUUAGAAAUGAUAUAUUUACAAUUUUAUAACAAGUAUUGGCUAAAUUGUGAUUUUUCAGGUCAUAAAACUGCUUCAGUAAAAACAAAAAAAAACUAUCUUUUUUCUAUAAAUGAGCUAAAUCCACCUCAAUUUUAUUUCACUGUUAAACUAUUCCGCUCCGACGCUGUGAUUCUUACUCCACAACAAUAAAUCGUGGUUUUGGUGAGGUUCUCUCUAAGGAAAGUGGACAAAAAUAAUUAAAAAUCAAAUACUUGUAUAACAUUACCCAAAUGAAAUGCUGAGAAAAUGGUCUCCCACUGGUAUAUGCCCCCCAAACACUUUGGUUUUAGUUUUCUGUUUUUUUUUUUUUUUGUUUGUUUUUGUUUCCCCGGUUUAUGGGUACUAAUCACAAUGAAUGUAUUUUCAUUCUUGAUGAGGUUUUGCUAAAUAAAGUUUAUUGGACUUGGUUAUUUUUAUUGUUACCAAGUGCCUUUGUUGUUAAUAUUACCUCUGAUCCAAAGUUGUCCUAAUCUCUCAAAAAUACUUGUUCUUAAAAUAGUAUCUGUAUCUAGCCUUUCAAAGCACUUGGCACUUACUCUACCUUGUAUACAGGUUAAAUUGUAGUUUAUUCUAGAGAUGAAGUGACCAGCAGCCUGUUUGUGUGGCACCACUAUUCAUUUACGUUUAGCAAUGAUGAAUGGUGGCCUUUGAGGAUGAUAUGCCUCCUUAAAUAUGAAGGAAGAUCCAUUUCUUGGCUUUUUUUUGUCUUAUUUAAUUUUGCCCUGAAAGGCAAUUUGUACUGCAGUGCAUUGUUUGUUGUGGUUUUUUUUGUUUUGUUUUUCCACUGCAGAUAUUUAAUAAACAUUAUCUUGGAAUACCAAAAUGUGUCCAUAAAGACAAGUGUUUUAUUUUUUUUGUUUUUUUUUAAAGCCAGUCACAUUUUAGACUCCCUCGGUGGUGCGGUCUGCAAUGUACUUGUGGAGGUGUCGUUUCCACUAAGAAUGUCCAAUUCAAUGGUCCUCCUAGAGAAGCACUGGAGACGAGGUGCUCGGCGAGAGUCGUGUGUGUCCAGUCAAAUGCUUCUCAUAGGAAAGCAUUGAAUUCCAGGCUUUCCUAGGAGUUUCUCUCAGUUGUUGCCGAGGAAGCCUCUCUAUUGACCGUCUAAGUGUGUUAAACAUUGCAGUUCCCACAAAAUGUUUUAGAUAGCAGGGAUAACUACAAGACCACUUUAUUGAUGUUAUAGGUGAGAAGGGGCAUGCUAUGGUGGGGAUGACCCAUUCUUUUAGUGUGUUAUGUAGAUAAUGUAUUAACAAGUUUGGAAAAACUAUUUAAACAGUAACUCCCCUUUGCAUUUUUUGCACAUCCAAAUACUUAUUUCAUCGAGCCCUACCCUUUACAAUCAAUACAUUUAUGUAGAACUGAGAGUGGGUUGCCUAUUUCAGACCAAACUGCUGAAAAAAAAUCUAUUUGUGCUAUUUUCGUUUUUGCCUAGAUCUUAAAAAUAAUCUUUGUGAGUUAUCCACGGUUCACAGUUUAUUGAAUAGCACAAUACAUGCGCUAAUGUGGGUGGGCCUGGAAAUCAUACAUGUACCCUGUGACAUAUUUGAGCACUUAAUAUUCCUUUUGCAAAUUUGUUUUAGUUCAAAGUCCCUAAUAAAAGAGAGGCAUGGCAAGCUGUUGCACUAUAGACUAUGCAAAAAGUGUAAAAAAAAAAAAAAAAGUUAUGAUGCCCAGGUCUUUUAAAUCCACAUUGUUAUGACAAAUUCAAAAGUCUGGCCAAAUUAUAAACUACAGGCAGCAUGAGAUGAAUUAAAGUCAUAAUCAUUGCUUUUCUUAGGGGAGUAUUGAAAUGCCAGAUUAGGGGAGAUAGGGCACCAGAAAACUAGGUUUAUGAAAAAAAAAAAAUAUAUAUAGGAGGGAUGUUCUACUCUCACAUUUAGGGCAGCGCAUAUUUCAUAUAUUAUGGAUCUCUUGUGCAAUCCAUGAAGCCAUGUCCUCCUGUUCUGCUUCUCAAAUAAAGAUUAGAACAUUCUCACAGAAACACCUGUUCCACUUUCAACAUGUAUCUCAAUAUUGUCCUUUAUGUGCCACAUUCAAAUCCAAGUAAAACUUCCUUCUUUGUUUUGGCACCCGUACGAUUUCCCCCUCCCCCUACUAAUAUUGCAGUUAUUAUCGAUAUUGUAAUAAAUCCAUAGGAUUAGACCUUGCCUGUGUAAAAACCAGCUGUAAGUAAAUUCUUAUUCUUUUAUCUAGGGCUGUGGAGUUUAUACACAACACCUUCAACUCUGACUCCUUAGAAUAUAUUUAUAUAUAAUUAUUAGACUUGGGCACAGCAGAAGAUUUUAGUUUGUUUGAAUGUCUUUGGACAUUUACAUAAUGCGUUGGAGUUUGACGCUUAAAAGGAUUGCUCUAAGGGUUAGGAUUAUUUCAGGAAGAAAACAUGUAUUGCAGUCCGUGAAACCCCAAAAAAUAUCCAUUCAGCAUUUGGUCAUCUGAAAGAACUUCGUCCUACAAGAGGUGAUAUUUCUAUCUUUUAAAACUUUUGUUGAGGAACCUGUGCGUUUAUUUUUUUUAUUUUUGUUUUUUCUCUUGAAUUAUCCUUUUUAGUUGCAAUUUUCACAGACCAAAAAUGUGACAGAGAUCUAUGCUACUUUUAUCAAACUUUCCUUAAAGUGUAAUCAUGAAGAUAAAGUUCUAGUUCAUGAAGAUAAAGUUUAACAUUAAAGUCCACUCUGCAUUUCACCGGGCCCUAGUGACCGUUCUGCUGAUGCCGUCUUUAAAUCUUGAGAACAUGAGCAAAUAUUGUCACAUCAUGGUGUCAAUCUCUACAGAUCCUUAAUAGGGAAGUCAGUGUUAAAUAGGUUUAAAGCUAAAUGGUUCAAGUACAUUCCUUAACGUCCUUACACAAAGUGGAGUAUAUUAUAUCUGGCCUAAAAGGAAAACUCAAUUUUUAGUAGUGUAUGAACAGAGACUAAACACUACUCCAGUUAGACAUGCAAUGUGCAACUUAGACUAGUUUUAUAUACUUUUCUGGAAUUUCUGCAGAGUAAAUUUUUUAUGAAUUUGGCCAAUCUAGCUUUUGGGUGUAAAAGACAACAUUCAGCUUGUCACAAUACUCCCUUUUUAUACCAACUUACAUCUACAUAUAUUUACCUUCAAUCAACUUACACAGAUGCAGAAAAACACUGCACCAACCAGAUGGUUUCUGUGAAACCAUCUGAUUUGGAGAAAAACCUGCUAUUGUUGCGUAGGUGCCUGUAGGAUUGUCAGUAUAAACGGCAACAUUUUACAUUGCAAGGUAAUAACGAAAUGGAAAUUGCACCUAGACCACUUCAUUACCUAUAGUGUCCCUUUAGCAUUAGGGUUGUUAUAGUAAAGUCUCUUUGCUCCGAAUGAUCAUUAUUCUCAUUUACAUUGCACUUUAUAAACUAAACUGCAUAUUGAUGCACUAAUGGAAUGUAAGUCCUACAGCAACAUACAUGUCCAACCCUCAAUGCAUCAUGCUUCAACUCUAGGAUUUAUACUGAUGACUAUGCUCCCAUGCAGUAGCCACUGUUAUGUCUAUUAAAGUCAAUGGUGACUAGAUUGAAAUUUGAAUUGAAACUUAUCAUAUUUGCAGGUGCGAUCUACCGAGUGGAAAAUUCAUCUCCUGAACUACACAUUUUUUUUUUGGCGAUGCAAAUUAUAGGGAAAAACUAAAUUCAUGAUCUUUUACUUGCAUCGUCAACUUUUUGCAUUGAAUGGGUAACAUUUGUAAAAUCAGAUCUUAUCCCAUAAUUCUCCUUCUAGCACGGGUGACUUAUGCAUCAAUUUAUACACCACUUGGUUUAUGUUUUAGUGAACCAGGGUGUGUUUUACAGGGUUGUUCACUAAAUUUGAAUUCAAAGUGAAUUUUGACUUUGAGGCAAAAAUAACUGAAUUGGACGCAAAGCUGAUUGAUUUAUUUAUUUAUUUAUUUAUUUUAAUUGGCUAGUUUGACCUGUGUCGGUGGAGCUGAGGAACACUCAUGCCCUGUCUGUGGCUCGCCUCUCUAUCAAGGAGGAAGAGAAAUCUUUAGAAACUCUGCUUAAUACAUACACACGUGGCAGGAACAAAAUUGAUACAAGCAAUCUAGAACAUAGAGUUCUCGGCUGGUUAUUGACAACCAAGGUGGGCUGUCUUUAGCAGCAGCAAUCUUAACAUAUCAAAGCAACCUUAACCCACUAAUCUGCACAAAACUGUGAACGGGUGACGCCCACCUUUUUUGCUCAGGGUCCUUAAUCUAAGUCAGGAUGGAGGAUAUUUUAUUGUAUAUUUAAAUAUUUUAUUUAACAAUUUGAUAAUGUUAAUGGCGAGUGUGGUUCUCUUUUUCUUAGUUCCAGUGGUGCCUGGUCCAUGUGAACCAGAGGAUUUGUUGGAUGGGGUAAUUUUUGGUGCCAAAUACUUGGGUUCUACCCAGCUGCAAUAUGAGAAAAACCCAGCAACAAACACUCGGAUGAGACAGGCCCAGGAGGCAGUGGACAGGGUGAAGGUAUGAGAGCAAAAUGUAUGAUAAAAAAGGAAAGCAAUGCAUGAGCUGCCACCAGCAGAUGGUGUAUUGGUACAGCUAAAAGAAAGAAAUGCAGAACCCCUAUUAAAAAUCAUUUUCUUCUUAAAUAUUCCAGGCACCAGAAGGGGAGUCUCAGCCGAUGACCGAGGUUGAUGUAAUGGUGUCGACACAAAGAGUUAAAGUGCUGACUGCAGAUUCUCAGGUCAGAUCUUUUCAGCAGUAUUCAUUUUAUAUACAUUUGAAUGUAUUCAUGGGGAACAGCGGCUUUUAUGUUCCCACUAAUAAACAACCAUUAAAAAAAAUUAUUAUGAAAUUCAAUAUUUGCUUUGGGCAUACAUUACUCACAAUUCAGCUAUUAUUACUAGGAGGUACAGACGAUUUGUCAUUUAAACUACUCUUUCAAAAGUUUCACUUAAACAAAACAAGAAAAAACAAACUCAACGUUGUUUGUUUGUUUUUUUUUCUCUUCUGUGGUUCAAUUAUUUAAAGAGGAAUAAGCAAUGUGUAACUCAAUUGUGCUGAUUACGUAGUUUAAAUAAACUGUGUUUUGUUUAACCUUUUAAGUUAAGUGUUAUCGCAUUCCUCUGUAAAAGUUAAGUGGCUUCUAUUAGCGCAGUCCUACAUUUUGUACUGUACAGUGAGUUAUGUAUAAAAGGUGCUGUGUCCUGAAAAGUGAUCUAAAGUACUGAAAGUGGGGCUGCCACCAUGGAAACCAGUGCAACAGGCCGGCACAUUAUAUUCGCAAUACCACCCCUUUUGCCAUCGUUGUGCUACUUGUCAGGACAGACAUUUUUUUUUUUAGUAAUAACUACCAAUGUGUUCUUUGAAGUCAUUCUGGCUCCUGUAGAUCACCAGGUUCACGCAGAUGGAAUAUAAAUGUAAAAAAUAAAUCAUAAAUUUGUUCUAAAAAUCCAUUGCCAGCAUGGAUUCUGCUCUCGCAGUGCAUUAAAGGGACGCUGUAGGCAUUCUAACCACUUCAUUAUUAUAGGGAUAUUUAGAGGUGAAGAGGGCUCAAACAAGUUUACAAUCUAUGUGGAUUAGAUGUAGACAAAUAUAUAUUGAUAGGGGGAGGGAGGGAGGGAAGGGCUUGACAAGGCUCCAGGCAAGAGAUUUGCAGCUUUUAAAGCUGUUUGUUUUAGAUAAACCUACCCAUAAUGAAAAAUGCAUAAUUAAAUGCGUGCAUGUUUUCAUUGAGGAUACACCUACUAAACAGUGAUUUUAUUUUGUAUUUUUAAUUUUUUUAAAUUUUGGCAGUGGAGUGUGGAUUAUGGAUCCAGUCAACUUUGGUGCUAAGGCAGAGAGAUUUUUACUGGUAGUGUGAGAUGAUGCAAUACAACCCCCUUACUGUGAAUUAAAACACAUGCUUCGAGUCUGAGAAAUAUUCUGUGCAGAUUGUGUUCUAAAUGUACUCAGACAUACUUUAUCCAUUACUAGAAACCAUGCUUUGUAUCAACAUUCUGUAUGUUACAGGAAGCCUUGAUGGAUCACCCAUUACAAACAAUCUCAUACACUGCCGAUAUUGGAAGUAUUGUGGUUAUUAUGGCACGCAGGAAAUCUCCCCGUAGCCAGGAGCAGCCCUCGGGCCAAAAGAGGUCACAAAGGAUGCUGUGCCAUGUCUUCCAGUCUGCUGACGUGAGUGAUUUAAAGGGCAAAACCGUAAUGAGGCACAUAUUGAGACCGUGUAGUGUCUGUCAUAGUAAUUUGCGUGUGAGGCUACCAAUCCCUGUUUGUGGCAACAAGGCAAAAUAUUCCAUAACCAUGCAGUGACUUGAGAAGACUUAGAAAUAGUAAAAUAUAUGCCAAAAUAGCAGAUAUUUUUAUACGUUUCCAGAUUUUAAUUUAUUUUUCAUUUAACUAUUUUCUUGGUCAACUAAAGGAACACUAUAGGGUCAAGAACACAAACAUGUAUUCCUGACCCUAUAGUGUUAAAAGCCCCCUUGGUCCCCCUUUCCCUCCCUUAAUAUAGCAAAAUCUUACUUGUAUUCAAGUCUGCAGCUGCUGCCUCUGCCCCUAAUAUGACUGCUUGACUGUGGCUCAGAGAAUCACUUCUGAUGAUGUCAAUGUUUCCCAUAGGAUUGGCUAAGACUGUCAAUGAGGCAGAUCAGGGGCAGAGCCAGCACAAGCCAAACACAGCCCUGGCCAAUUCGCAUCUCCUCGUAGAGAUGCAUUGAAACAAUGCAUCUCUGUGCGGAAAGUUCAGUGUCUCUAUGCACUUGAACUUGAACCAGUGAGCAAGAGCAAUAGCAAGAGAGAGAUUGAUAUCUAUGUAUUAUUUUUUUUUUUUUUUUUUGGCUUUUGGAGUAUGUGAGUCAUUUGCAUUUACGCGUCCAGUGAUCAAAUCAGGACAUAUUUUUAAGAUACAAUUAUAGUGACUAACCUGUUUUAUACUGGUAAUAAACUUACAAUAAACUCCAAAUAAUUGCUCAACAUAUGUAGAUAUAAAACCAUAAUGACCUUGUUAAUCAGUGAAAGAUAUGCAUGUUAUGUUUCCAGUAUAAUGUUACAUAUCCGUUUAAAGAACACUGAGUUAUUGAUUGGCCAUAUUUAAUGUAUGAUUUCCCUGCAAUCAUAUCUAUAGUUACAAAAAUGUUUUGGCUAGUGCGUAACACGAGGAGGCUUGUGUGAUAUUAUGCUCCAUGUUUUAUAUUGUGCCUCGGUUAAUUGCUUAAAAAUAACCCUCCCCACCCUGUUACCUGUCACCUAAUUGGCUGUGUUUGGGAACACUUUACUUUAGCAGGUUGCCCUUCAGCAAUGACUUUGACACGCUCGGCUCAUCAGCAUAAGGAUGGAGUGACUUCUUCUAUAGUACAUCACUUACACGUAACAUCUUAUUAACCCCUUAAGGACACAUGACAUGUGUGACAAGUUUGGUCCUUAAGGGUUUAAACACCCGAUUGUCAAGAUGUGUUUAUAACCGGGUUAGAGAAUUUUCCGAAUCAUUUAUGCCUACAUUUUGUUUGCAAUUUGGAUAUCAAUCAACUCUAAUUUGUGAUUUAGCCUCUUCUACAUAUACUACCUGACAGUCCUGAUUCCAUCCACUAGGCUCAGAUGAUUGCCCAGGCCAUUGGUCAAGCUUUUGGAUUGGCCUAUCAGAACUUCCUGCUUUCAGAAGGCGGGCAGCCAGUCACUUCAGAAGCUACAGAACAAUUGUACAAUGCUGACCUGGCUUACUUCAGCAAGAGGGACAACUGCAGAGAGGUGAGUGUCCAUCUGCUCCCCAUCCCCCCCAAUCUAAAUCUGUAUCUUUAAUCCACCUUAAAGUGUUACUCUUUUUGAAUAUUCUGGGUUUUUUUCAGCUGAAAGAGCAAGCGAAGAAAAGCUAAUUACUAUCUGUCGCCAGCACUCUGUGCGUGCUGAUGACAAAUGUGAAAUAUGCACAGAACUGAAAUAUAAUUAAGAAGGUAGGCACACUAAUUGAAUAACAUAAGGAUAUAUCCGUAGAAACAAAAUAUCUGAACCGGAUGCUCACUCAAAGGUCCUAUUCCCCAAGGACCUAAACAAUCAAUAGAUAAUGCCAAAUGAGGAGCACAACCAUAGAGACAAAAAAAAUACUUUAUUAGUUGGUUCCAGUACACUAGGUAUCCCAAGUUUAUACCAAGCAACAUUAGCAGUAAUGUCAAAACAAUGCUCAAUACAAAAAAAGCAUACAAGGUAUACAAUAAUCACAUUGUAUUCAUGGAAAACAACCAAAAAAGUACAAUAAUGCUAUUGGAAGUAUAGUCACAAUGAUGCCCAAAACAAGCUACCCAACAUAAAAAAAGAAAAAAUAAUUUCAGAAAAAGGGAACAGGGAGAAAGUCAAAAUAGCCCCCAACUGAGGGUGCGGCCGAACCAUCACCGCGAGCAGUCUUAUACCUGUGGUGCUCUGUACGCCUAGCAGCAAAAACAGCAAAUCCUACCCGCGGCACGGCGGGGAUCUGUACACAAAAGUGCUCCCAACCCGUGCGAUACCAUGGGCAAGAAGCUCAAAAAGUUAAACCCACCCAGGAGACGGCAGCAGGAGAAUUGGGGAUCUCUUCCAAGCGCAGCCUAUUGCUAAGAUGGCGGCCAUACCGGACUCCCGCUGCUCAUCUUCAGAGGAGGAACCUCUGGACGCCCCAGACAACAUAGAGAAAAGGCGAACUCAGUGUUUAGGUGAUCAACCCCACCACCUAACACACAGAGUCCAAAAGUGCAGCCCCUUAAAUAUAUUUACAUUUACCCCUUGGUAUAUACAGGGGAUUUUUCCACAUGCAAAAAGUAGAAAAGUAUAUAAUAGUGUAAUAUUGUAUAUUACUUUAAAGGUGUAUAUUUGAGUGAGUAUAUAGAAAAAAAAUCACAAUUUUUAGAGCCUUUUUCGAUAUCUGCUCUAAACAGGUGGCACUAGAAAACCUUCUUCUGUAUACACAUAGUAUUUUCUCCCAGCAGAAAUAUGGAGGUAAAGCAGAGAAAAAAAAAAAACAAUCUAGGUGUAUGUUUGAUAUAAAAUAUGGUUUUCUAGUGCAACCUAAAAGGCCCAGACACUCCUCUUGUUUAGAGCCGAUAUCGAAAAAGGCUCUAAAAAAAUUGGAGUUUUUCUAUAUCCCCAAUAUGUGUUUAGCAACAUCUUCUGAGUACAACAGUACCCCCAAUGUACAGGUUUUAUGGGUUUGUGCAAACUUACUGAGGUCAAAUGUAGGGAUUUUCCAUGUUUGCACAUUGAAAUUUGCCAGAUUGGUUUGCUGGGCCUAUGUUGCCUUUGAGACCGUAUCAGGGCAAUCACAUGGCCCUGGAGUGCCGGACCGGGACUGCUGGGGUCUCGGGCAGUGUCGUUCCCUCCUCCUUCCCCGGGAUUGCCGGUUCAGGUAAGUACAUGGGUCAUUUUUGCCACGGACGUACCAUUAUACGUCCAAGGUCAUUAACCAUUUUUUGUUAAAGGGAAGGGGUCGAAGGACUAUACCGUCCUUAGGUCCCACUCCCGCUGGUCUGAAGGGUUAAAACACUUACUUUUCUCCAGCCCUGGGCUCCCUCGGCGCUCAGGAACCCUCCUCCUCUUGCUGACAUCAGAUCCGCAUGUGCGGCAAGAGCCGUGCGCGCAUUCAAGCCGCCCAUAAGAAAGCAUUACUCAAUGCUUUCCUAUAGAUGUUAGCGUCUUCUCACUGUGAUUUUCACAGCGAGAAGCGCCUCGAGCGUCUGUCAGUGAGACAGCCACUAGAGGCUUGGUUAACCCUAGUGUAAACAUAGCAGUUUCUCUGAAACUGUUUUUAGCUGUAGGGUUAAAACUAGAGGGACCUGGCACCCAGACCACUUCAUUGAGCUGAAGUGGGCUGGGUGCCUAUAGUGGUCCUUUAAACUUUUUCAUGCACCUCAACAAUUGUUGCUAUACAGUAAGCCGCCACAACAUUUAAACACACUGACAGGUAAAGUGGAUAACAUUGAUUAUAUUGUUACAAUGGCAGUUGUCAAGGGGUGGGAUAGAUUAGGCAACAUGUGAAUAGUCUGUUCUUGAAUUUCAUGUGUUGGAAGCAGGAAAAAUGGGCAAGAUCUGAGUGACUUUAGCAUUCACCAUUUGGCCCUUGUCAAACAACUGAACAUUUCCAAGUGCAAUUUUCGCACCGAGGCCCCGUGGUUUCUAGUUGCGCCUCUGCUCGAUGCAUCAGGGCUGUUUUGACAAUACAAGGUGGGCCUACACGAGAUUAGGCAGGUGACUUUAAUGUUAUGGCUGAUCAGUGUAUGACAUUGCUGUUACAGUGUUUUAAAUUAUCCUAUACCCAGUACAGAUCUCAUAAUUCCACCAUCUACAUUCCCAUCUUAGUUGUCACUCAUAUGUACAUCAUUAUUUCUAUUAGUCCAGUUGAAGGGGAAAUUCUUACGGGAAGGUGAACCUUUCAUUUAUAUUAGACGACAACUAUAAUUUUUGGGUUUUGGUUGUGUUUCUCCCCCCCUCUCCCCUCAAUUUCAUUCCAUUCAAUUAAACUUAAAUUAUAGUAUUUUUCAAAUCAUGUAUAUUGAUUUUUAUUUUUUUGAGUAAAUCUAAUUUUUUGAUCUGGCUGAGCAGCCAUGUUGCAUUAGAUUCUGUUAUCUGACCAAUUGCUGUUCAAUCUAACUUGCCAGCUGCUGCAGGUUCACACUCUCGCCAGCAGGUAAGUUAGGUUGAAACUACAUAUAUAAAGCACAGUAUUUAUUUCUAUUUGAGUCCUGUAACCCAUCAACACCCUUCUUUAUGAUUAUGUAGUCCUUUCAUGUAAACUCAUUCAGCUUGUUUCUCUUGCAGGUAUAUAUCCAGAAGCAGCGUGGAGAGGUUCUUGGUGUAGCUGUAGUGGAAUCAGGUUGGGGAUCUUUGCUUCCAACUGUGGUUAUUGCAAACCUGAUGCAUGGGGGUCCGGCAGAGCGCAGUGGUGAACUCAGCAUUGGGGAUCACGUGACCAGUAUUAAUGGAACCAGCCUGGUGGGACUGCCCCUUUCUACAUCACAAGGGCUAAUCCGGGUAAGAUGCCAAGGACGUACUUAAAGUAGAAGAGAUCAUGAGAUUGAGAUAGCAAGAUAAUAAAUAGUAUGCGCAAAUGAGUUAAAGUGCAAUUAAAAAUUUGGUGAUAAGCAAUGAGGUGAGGAUUUUAGAAGCAAAAAAAAAAUUAUGGGUGAAAAAAAAAGGACUGUUGUUGGGCAUGGAAUAUAAAGGAAUUUUAAAGCAAACUGAUGAAUAUUCUCUAGGAGCUGAAAGGCCAGUCUGAAGUGGUUUUGAAUAUAGUCCGUUGCCCACCUGUUAUCACCGCAAUCAUUCACAGACCUGAUGCCAGUCACCCGUUGGGUUUUUGUGUGGAAGAUGGAGUGGUGAGUGUGAAGUCAGAACUUCGGGUAACAAUGUUACAAUAUUAACACAUUGAUGCAGAUGUAUAUUGAUAAGUCUUGUAUUAACACAGAUCUGCAGCCUAGUGCGUGGGGGCAUCGCUGAGCGUGGGGGAAUCAGAGUUGGCCAUCGCAUUAUCGAGAUAAACGGUCAAAGUGUUGUGGCCACAUCCCACGAGAAAAUUAUUCAGACUCUACUAGAUGCUACAGGGGAGGUAAGAAUGCAUUGAAAAGGUCAAUGUAAAGCAGCUGGACAAUGUAUGUCGUAGUGAAACCCCAUUUAAUUUUUUUUUUGUACACAGGUCCAUAUCAAAACUAUGCCAGCUUCUACUUACAGACUGCUGACCGGACAGGAAACCCCACUCUACCUUUGAGGACUUGAUAUUCAUCUCCUUCACAAUGCACCAUAUCCAUCGUGUGGAGUGGAUGUAAUGCUCAGGAACUUGGCGUUCUAUACAAAUAUGGACACUUUGGCAAGAACGUGUAUUUGUAACUUUGUGGCGUUAAAGAUCACACAGAGAAGGUAAUGAGGCUCCUUCUUCCACGCUUUUCUUGUGCCGUAUUAAAUAGGAUCUUUCUGGCCUCACUAGUGAAUGUAUUGGGUUAUGGACUGAUCAAAAGAAUAGUCCCAUCACACGGAAAGUGCAAUAAUUAAACAAUCCAACAAGGACAACCAGUCAGACACAAAGCGCUCAAGAAGAGGACCAGGUCACUAGACCAUAGCUGCAUCAAUUUCUUUGUACAUCUUUUAACAGAAUAACAAGUGGGAUUACCAUUUAGCUAACUGGACCAUUCCUACUGGGAAUAGGGCAGUUUUUCAUCUCCAGUAUUAAGUUUCCUAUUGUGCUAUACACACAAACAGAUAUGGAGAGUGAAUACAUAACAGGGAAGUAUUUACAGUCUAUCCAUAGGUCGAACAAAAUAGACAACGUCGCUGUGAUAAAUUCAGCUUUCUCCCUGCAUGGAUUUCAGGAAGGAACAGAGCUCUGAUUUUGUAGUGGAUGCCUUCUGCGCACACACACUACAGACUUUAAACUAGUUCUGUAAAUUUCUGUUUUAUAUAUAUCUGAGCAAUUGAAAAUAUUGAAUAAACCAGAUGGACAAUGGCAAAAAAAGUCUCAUUUAUUAAAGUUAAAAAUAUAUUUAUAUGUAUGUAUACUUUGUGACCUUAAGUCUUAUGGACAAACAUCUUCUCGUCACCAUUUGUUCUGAUAGGCAUCUGCAUCCAUAUACAUGAAUUCAGUGUUCUCGUGUGAAUUUAUCUUCCUCUCAAAGGCACAUGUAGGAAUUUUUGGCAUAGCUUAAUUAGCUGGCAGGCACAGACUUCACAGGUCAGUUGCUGGACCUCCCCAAUUGUAGUCAUCAUCUUCCGAACUAGAACUUCUUGCACGAUUGAAUUUACGGCGUAAGGCAUCGUGUUCGUAUUCACGGCUAGGAAUGAAAUUGACAAAACAAGUGAAUUUUGCCUUUGUCUGCAGUACAUUUACUGUGCAGGGAAUUAAGCAGAAAGAAACUGUUUGUUAGUUUUC